GAAACUUCGGUUUGCUGUUUAGGAAACGAACUUUAGGAGUGACUACUAAAAACAAAGGUUUUUGCUUUUGUAAUAUUAUCUUUACAAAAAAAAUGAAGCAGCUGAGUUUGUUUUCAAUCCUCUGUUUUUUCCUCAUAGGCUUCGCUGCUGCUUCUUUUUUCAGAAGAAACAUGUCCCAGCAAUGGGAUGGUUUUCACGCCCAACGGCACCUACGAGGCUACGACGCAAACCGCCGUCUCAUCCUUUCUUAUCUCCCCUCCAACGUCACGGCUCAAAAGGGUCUCUUCUACAACGUCUCCGUAUCUACGCAACAGAAAUGUGAUUGCAAGGAUCAGUUCCAGUUGAAUGAUCUAACUGUAUCAGAACCACCUCUGAUGCUUUGUUACAAAAAUGUCCAAACCAAACAGAAGCGUAUUCAUGGCCAAGUGAUCCCACGCUUUGCCAUGUUCCCUACUCAAACACUUCUUUCUUAG